AUGAAGCAAGGAGGAGCCGCCUCCACCACGGGCCAUGGAGCGACGGCGGCGGCGGCAGCAGCAGCUCCCUCCUCCGCCGGCGGCGGGCUGGAGCCGGCGGGCGUCGAGGCGACGGAGAAAGUGGUCCACUCCCGCUCGCAGGUGCUGUUCUCGGGCGGCGGCACGAAAGCGCUGGGCGACGCCUUCAAGCUCCUGGUGCCCAAGUCGACGGAGUUCAUGAGCUCGGACGCCGAGCUGUGGAACUUCCUGUGCAGCCUCAAGCACCAGUUCUCGCCCGUCAUCCUCCGCAGCAAGGACGUCUACGGCUACGCCUCCUGCCGGGCGGUGGUGCCGGACAUACCCCGAGGCGCGGCGGCGGCGGCGGCGGCGGGGGGCAGAAAGUGCCGGCCCUGGAGGAGAGCCGCCGCCAGGGGGAGGCGCCUGCGAGUCGCCGCCGCCGCCGCCGCCCGGGGAGGAGCGGCAGGAGGCGGCGGCGGCGGGGCGAAGAGGGCGGUGAAGAAGCGCUGCCUGGCGGCGGCGGCGGCGGCAACCCCUCCUCAGGCGGCGCCAUCCCAAGUUGCCUUCCCCGAUGCCCAGGGGCGGGAAGAGACUCGGCCGCGGCCCCUAAGCGGUGUGAGGGAGACGGGGGCAGCCCCUGCCUCCUCGCCCCUCCCCGCCGUGCCGUGGGCCCCUCCUCCUCCCCGGGGCAGGUCCCUGGAGGAGAUCUGGCGGGCGGCCGCCCCGCGCCUCGCCGCCUUCCCCACCUUCCGAGUCCGGGGGAACGUGUGGAACCGGCGCAGCCUGGAAGCCAACCGGCGCAGGGCGCAGCGCAUCCUGCGAGUCGACUUGGCCCCCGUCGUCAGGAUGAGCCGCUUCCCGCUGGCCAGAUGCUGA